AGCGCGUUUCGGAUGUGGUCUCACGGACAGUGCUGCUGCUGCUAUCUCUAUCUACGUAGAUGGAUAUUUAUUGUACGCGUGCGUGCGUCGGGGGACCGCAGGGCCGAGGCUCGGUGCCAUGGGAAGCACCCCGGUUCUAUAAUGGCCACGGCCGGCGAUCCUCGCCCGACGCGUGGGUCGUGCGCACAGCACUUCAGUACGUCGGACGGCGAGGCCUCGACCUGCGGAUCCGGGGAAGGGCGCUCGGGACUCGGAUGCGUGGGCCGCGUGCAGGCGUCCCUGCAGCUGUCAGUCGCGCUCGGCGGUGGGUCGAUCCCGUCCGAGACACGUUCGUGGGUCGACGGACGCGCGCGCAGGGCGGGGGCUCGAGCCUGGGCCCACGAGCGCUCGGAAUCCCUUCCGUGAACAGAACGGUGGUGGGUCUGCGCUGGGGACUACCUCCGUCCGUCCGUUACGCCCGUCGGCGGCGCACAGACCACGAGAGUCACGCGCGCUCACAGGGCCCGCGCGCGCGGGGUGCAUAAAUAACUCGAAAGACGAUGGCCUGCAGGACUGCGUGGCGCCUUUAUGGGGUGUCCACGGCCACACUCAUGACUCGGGCGGGUUCUCGAAGGGGGGUCGUGUUCCUGCGAGGGGGGUCCUUGCCCACACGGGACGCGGGGCCUCUCACGAGCGUCGAGGGUAUCAGGUCGAUGGCAUCAUCCGCUGGGGACAGUGCGGUCAUCGUGGCUCGAGCUUAUCGCCCGCUGCGCGCUGGCCGUCCCGCGCUGUGGGGAGUGCGGUAUUUAAGCCCUGCGCACCGCGCUCGCACCGUCUCGGUGCAUCCUCUCCUCAUGUCUCCUCCCGUCGCGACAGCUCCUCCGCUCGAGAGCGCCGUGCCCGACGCGGCCCCGCCUCCGAAGCAGGCGAGCGACAAGGCGGGUGCGCGCGCGGACGCGCUGGAAGACUACGACGGCCGUUACCGCUUCGCGCCGAUCGAGGAGGCGCAGGUCGCGCGCGCGAUGAUCAAGCGGUACUCCGCGACGCUGUACGAGCGCGCGGUAUCGGACGUCGUCAUCGUCGGCGCGGGCAGCGCGGGCCUCUCGUGCGCGUACCACCUCGCCAAGGCCCGCCCGGAGCUCAAGAUCACCAUCGUAGAGGCCAGCGUCGCCCCCGGCGGCGGCGCGUGGCUCGGCGGCCAGCUCAUGACGCCCAUGGUCGUGCGCAAGCCCGCGGAUCGGUUCUUGGAGGAGCUCGGCGUGCCGUUCGAGGACGAGGGCGCGUUCGUGGUCGUGAAGCACGCAGCGCUGUUCACGGCGACGGUGCUCGCGCACGUCCUGCGCAUGCCGAACGUCGUCCUGCUCAACGCCACCGCCGUCGAGGACCUCAUCGUCCACGGCCGCAGCGACGGCGCACAGGCGCGCGUCGCGGGCGUCGUCGUGAACUGGACGCUCGUCGCGCUCAACCACGCGACGCAGUCGUGCAUGGACCCGAGCACGCUCACCGCGCCCGUCGUCGUGUCCGCGACGGGCCACGACGGCCCGAUGGGCGCGUUCUGCGCGAGGCGCCUCGUGAGCGCGGGCCUGCGCCCCGCGCUCGGCAGCAUGCGCGCGCUCGACAUGCGCCGCGCGGAGCCUGCGAUCGUGAACGGCACGCGCGAGGUCGUCCCGGGGCUCGUCAUGGCGGGGAUGGAGCUCGCGGAGCACGACGGGUCGAACCGCAUGGGCCCGACGUUUGGCGCGAUGAUGGCGAGCGGGAUCAAGGCCGCAAAGGAGGCCAUGCGCGUGCUCGACUCGCACAGGAUCGUCGAUGGGAGAGUGGUGGACUGACGACGGGCGCAGCAGGGUGCAAUCUCGCCACACAUGUUUUUUUUUCUUUUUCGUUCUGCGCGGGUAGAACUUUUCCCUGAUCUAUGGCAGAUGGAUUGUGUCGAUUAUUGAAUCGCAGUUUUCUACGGUUGCUUACCACGCCUAUGUUUUAUGCAUGCUCGUGAACGUGAACGCGAAUACAGCGGAAAAUAUCUGCC